AGACAAGAAAAUCUCCCCACUUUCACCCCCACACAAAUGAAUCGGACUCGUCAACUUUUUCCUCUUUUCUUCUUCCUUCCCCCGUUUUUCAUGUUUCAAUACAUUUCCUCUGCUUUUGUCUCAUCCUCACAAACCAAAAAAACGCCGUCGACGCCGCCGUCAACGCCGGACAAGUCAAUUUCCGGUUCCGACCAACUCUUGUUCCAAGGAAAUUCCUACUCCAUCAUCACCUCUGUCAAUUUUCAGCCGGGAAUAUUAUAAUGUCGUCCCAAAAUAUCCAGCACCCAGAUCCAACUCAUGAAGCACACGCCGCCCCUCCGAUUACAGUAGUCAUAACAAUCAUCAUUCUCCUUUUUUUCUUCGUGGGAUUUUUCUCCCUCUACUUUUGUAGAUGUUUCUUGCAGAAUUUAUUAUAUUCUUGGCAUCUCCGGCACAGUCCGCCAGGCGGCACCCCUGUUGUUCCGGCAGGCCCACAAACUCCGACCGGAAUCGACCCAAAGAUCAUUCAGUCAUUUCCGACAUUCACGUAUUCAAGCGUCAAGGAUUACAGAAAAGAGAAAUACGGCCUGGAAUGUGCGAUUUGUCUGGUGGAGUUUAGCGACGAUGAUGUUCUUCGUUUUUUGACAGCGUGCUGUCACGUAUUUCAUCAAGAGUGCAUCGAUUUGUGGCUCGAGAAGCACAAAACUUGCCCUGUUUGUCGACGGAGCCUCGACACGACCCCCGAAUCGCCAGAGAAAUCACCGAUUUCUUUCAACCACGCAAUGCAAUUGAUCAACGGAGAAGAUGAUCAUCAUUCGUCGCAUCAUAGUUUUUGUAUAUCCAUCAAGGACGAAGAGAAUGAUCAAUUCAAUGGCAGCGCCGGCCGGGAAAGGACAACGUCGGUUACCGGAGCUGAUCAUCGUCAGAUUCAGCGAAUUAAAGGGCUUGACACCAAGUUUUCGAGAUCGCAUUCAACAGGGCAUUCGAUUAUUAGGAGGGAUAAUGAAAGAGGAGAAGAAGAAGAAGCAGAGGAUAGGUUUACGUUGAGAUUACCGGAUCAUGUUCAUGCAAAAAUUAUUAGGGGACACAAUUGGAGCAGAAGUUGCACCACUUUUGGGGAAUUCAAUUGCAAAGAAAAGAAAGGAAAUGGUGGUUUUGGAGAAGUUUCGGGGUUAGCUAGUACUGCAGAAAUGCAUGAGCAGAGAGAGAGUAGAGGAUGAUCAGUACUUUGUUUUUCUUUUUGGUUUUUGUUCUUGGCUCCUCCUCUCUGUUAUCUUUCUUCUUCAUUAAUUCCUUGUUAGCUCUAUAGAACAGUAGAUUAAUGUUAAAACUCCUAAACUUUGUUUCUAGUAGUAUAUAGUCUUACAAUUGAGGAAGAUGCCAUCAUCAAAGUUAAUGAUAUUGGUGCUGAAAAUUGAGAAAAUAUAUGCAGAUUUUUGCA